AUGCCCAGUCGCUCCCUCCAGAAGGUGCACAAGCAAAUCUCCAAAAAGCGCGGCGUUGUCGACUCGCUUCAUGAAAACAGCCGCGAUGCCCAGCGCUUGCGCCGUGCGGGCGCCCGAGACGACCGACUGUCCCGCCAUGGGGCGAUGUCACUGAAGGCCCGACAGCCGUACAUGGAGCGAAUGCAGUACUUUCACAAUGCGGCUCAAACCAUCGUGGAGCCCCUGUCAGACACCCAGCUGAUCGAGAUGGUGUUGAAGUACAUCAACCGAGAUGGAGAGGAGAUCGCACAGCUCAAGCAGGAGCGCCGGAAAGGGCGGCCACCUACCCGACGAGAGGAAGCCUUGAGUCUGCGGACAGAAACGGAGGAGAAGGAAUUUAAGACUGGGUUCUGGUUACCGGACCUGGGCGAUGCGGAUGUACUGCAUGCCUUGAAGCACUGGAAUGGCAUCUGGUCGGGCCUCAGUCCUAUGAAAUUUAUUCGGCUCACUCAAGAUGGAGUGAAGCAAUCAUCGAGUUUCCCACCCAAGGGCAUGUCAUGA